UUUGCACGCUGAACGGGCAGUCUCGCUUCGAUGCAAAGGCACGGCUACCUUUCAAGAUGGCGCACAGGGAACCGCGAAAGCCUAUUCCAAUGCCCUCUUUCUAAGAUCAAAGCAAAAUGAAGGUUUACAUGCUGUUACUCAUGGUUCUACUGGCCCUGAUUUUGGAAAUGGAGUGUACUCCCAAAAGGGGACGAAAGAGCUAUGGAAAUCGUCGCGUUCGACGCCAACGACGUCGUUACUGCCGUCGAARAGAUUGCACAGUCUCUAAUUGGAGUACAUGGGGACACUGUAGUCAAGAUUGCGGCAGCACUGGCGUUCGAAGUCGMUCUCGGAGGGUUUUGAUACCUGCAAAAUGUGGAGGAAACGCUUGUCUGGCUCUACGAGAAUUASAAGCGUGCAACAGAAAGUGYAGCAACGGUGGAAUCCCACAACCUGGCCACUGCAAGUGUCUUCCUGGAUUUACAGGCAAAUGUUGUGAGCAUGGUUCGUCUGGAUUCUGCGCAUCAAAGAAAGAUGGCCUGUACAGGAAUCCMAMGGACUGUACGACAUUCUAUCACUGCGCCCAUGGAAUAACCUACCUCAAGCAUUGUCCCUCGACCUUAAAGUGGAAUGACAGAAUAAAGACGUGCGACUGGCCGUACAACGUCAAUUGUGGACAAGAGAGCUGCUCCUGGAAAGAUUGGAGUGCCUGGACAAAAUGCUCAGCCUUGUGUGGUUGUGGAACUCAAAAAAGAACUCGUCAGUGCAUUUGCAACAACCAUGGUAACGGCUAUAAAAGAUAUGGUAACCAUGACAAGCGUUGCUCUGGCACCAGCGUCGAAGAAGGAAAGUGCAAUUGUCAAGAUUGCCCUGGGCCUAACGUGAAAAUAGCACACAUUGGCUGCUACAAAGACGAGAAUGAACCCAAUAGAGCUCUUCCCGACUACGUAGCAAAAUUCCUCGGAGACACUCCAGCAGUGCACAAGAUUCAGUCAUGCGCACACUUAGCCAAGAGGUUGAAAGUGGAAUAUUUUGGGAUGCAGGAUGGAGAUGAGUGCUGGGUAGAUUUGAAGGGGCUUAAUCUAUACAACAAACAYGGCAAAAGCACCAAUUGUAAAGAUGGCAUCGGAGGAGGCUGGGCAAACGAUGUUUACAAAAUACUUACAUAAUAAAGUAUUUGAGUAUACCCGAUUUAUUAAAAGAAAAUCGUUUUUA